UGGUGAUUACUCGCUAUCAAAUUAAGGAAAAAGUCAAUAACCACCAUUUUAUUCUCAUCUUCUGUUUGAUAAUAUAAUGUUAUAUCUCGAACCCGGAUCUUACUGAUAAAUCACUAAUCAGCGCAGAAACAAUUGAAUUGUGACUUUGGGCUUUAAUGUCCCCAUUUGUAUGGUUUACCGUUCAAUAUAGAAAAGGUUUCACAAGCCCUCGAUUUUUUACUUCUGGCCGAAAUGCGGCCUUAGUCUCAUCUAAACUAUAAACCCUGGGUUUUAGGCCUAGCUAUAAACCCUAGCAUAUGCCCCAAAAAUUGCUUCGUCUCUCACUCUCUCUCUGUUUCCCUAGUUUCUCGCUGUUCACUCUCUUUGCUUUCAGACUCUACCAGGGAUGAGACCCCCAAGAGGCCGUGGUGGUGGUGGUGGGUUCAGGGGCAGAGGUGAUGGAGGGAGAGGAAGAGGAAGAGGUGGCGAUAGGGGGGGCAGUGCCAUGAAGUCCCGUGGUGGGGGACGUGGUGGCCGAGGUUUAGGAAGAGGGCGUGGAGGAAGAGGAGGAAUGAAAGGUGGGAGCAAGGUUGUAGUAGAGCCCCAUAGACACGAGGGAGUUUUUGUUGCCAAGGGUAAAGAAGAUGCUCUUGUUACUAAGAAUAUGGUCCCUGGCGAGGCUGUCUACAAUGAAAAGAGGAUUGCUGUCCAGAAUGAAGACGGGACCAAAGUUGAGUACAGGGUUUGGAAUCCUUUCCGAUCCAAGUUGGCAGCUGCAAUUCUUGGUGGUGUUGAUAAUAUAUGGAUCAAACCCGGUGCCAAGGUUCUCUACCUUGGAGCUGCUUCUGGUACCACUGUUUCUCACGUAUCUGACAUUGUUGGUACUAAUGGAGUGGUUUAUGCUGUGGAAUUUUCUCACAGAAGUGGUAGAGACUUGGUCAACAUGGCUAAGAAGCGAACAAAUGUUAUACCUAUAAUUGAAGAUGCUAGGCAUCCAUCGAAAUACAGGAUGCUGGUUGGCAUGGUGGAUGUGAUAUUUUCUGAUGUUGCUCAACCUGAUCAGGCAAGGAUUCUGGCUUUGAAUGCAUCAUAUUUCCUGAAAACUGGAGGUCAUUUUGUUAUUUCAAUCAAGGCGAACUGCAUUGACUCCACUGUUCCUGCUGAGGCUGUAUUUCAGAAUGAAGUUAAGAAAUUGCAACAGGAGCAGUUCAAGCCUUUCGAGCAAGUCACUCUUGAACCUUUUGAGCGUGACCAUGCCUGUGUUGUUGGUGGCUACCGAAUGCCAAAGAAACAGAAAGCUGCUGCAUAAUGUUCUCCAGGCUGGCUUAAAUUCAAUGUUUCAUGCUUGUUAGAAAACAGAUGGAAUUUUGGUAGAGUAGGGAAACUGUCCGUUCAGCCUUCUGUAAUGUUUCCUCGUUUUUUUUUUUGUAACUUAUGUUUGAUUAAAACUCAAUAUCAAUGUUGUUUUUGAACAUUUGUCGCUAAUGUUUGCUUUGAUUCCCAUUCCCUCUCCCUCAAUGCCUGUCUUCUGC